AUGCCGUCGUCGUCGUACAGGGAUCGAUCGAGGUCGCCAAGGGAGGGUCGGCGAGAGCGCGAUGGUGAGCGGGAUCGAGCUCGUGAGCGUGAGCGUGAGCGGGAUCGUGACCGCGAUGGCGACCGGCGCCGCGACAAGGACGAUCGGCGCGACGACCGAGACAGGAGGGACCCCGACAGGCGAGACCGAGACCGAGACCGUGAUCGGGACCGCCGGGAUGACCGCGAGAGGUCGAGUCGUAAGGAUCGUGAGCGGGACGACCGCAAGGAGAGCCGGCGCGACCGAGACCGUGAUCGUGAGCGAGACCGCGACCGCAGCCAUCGAUCGUCGCGCGACGAGUCCCCGCGCAAGCAGCGCGAGCCAUCACCCAGCGACUCGGAGGAGGAGCUGCUGGACCUCGCCGAGCUCGGCGUGUCCGCCAUCACCGAGGACGACUACUUCCUCAAGGCCGAUGAGUACCGCUUCUGGCUGCGCGAGGAGCGCGGCAAGUACCUCGACGAGCUGAGCUCGGAGCAGGCGCACAAGUACUUUCGGCGGUUCAUCCGGCGGUGGAACGACGGCGCGCUGCCGCGCGAGUGCUAUGCGCCGCACGACUCGACGGCGACGCGGGCCAAGGACUUGACGGCGUAUAAAUGGUCGUUUGCUAGCCACCGCUCGCGAGUGAAUACAGAGGAGCUGGCAGCUGCGCGCGCAGACGUCGACCGCCUGACGCACGGCAAGGCGCUGCCUGCGUCGAGGUUGGGCGCAGCAGGCGACGGCAACGACGACGAUGACGACGACGACGAGAUUGGCCCGCGCCCCGAGCCGCCAUCGCGGUCGGUAUCACCUGGCCCGCGUGUGGGCCCGGCGGCGCCGACGGUGUCGGACCGCCAGCUCGCGCGCGAGGUGGAGGCGGCAACGGCGAGCUCGGACCGCGCGGCGGAGCGCAAGGCCACCCGCAAGACGGCGCUCGAGCGCGCCGAGGAGGUCGCGCCCCGCGCUGUCGGGAGAGAGGGAAAGAUGGCCGAGAAGCGUGCCGCCAAUGACGAGAACAAGAAGGUCAGGGAGAAGGACCAGGCGGCGGGUCUCGAGGUGGACGACGACACGCUUAUGGGAGGAAGCGAGAGCGGGUUCGCCGCUGCACUGCGCGCACGCGAUGCCGCUGCUGCACGCCGUGCGGACAAGAAGGCCGAGGAGUGGGCCGAGAAGAAGGCGUCUAUGGACGAGCGGAUGGCAGAGCGCCGAUCAAAGGAAGCUGCAACGAUGGACAUGUUCAAGCAAAUGGCAAAGCAGCGGUUUGGUUAG